UUGUAUUGAGAUGUAAAGUUCCUAUUUGUGGUUAUGCACAUCCUUUCCCUUGGAACCCUGGAAAGAAAAUCCUUUAAGGAAUAAUCUGUUUUGGCUAGGGAUGUGGAUAGUGUGGCUGUUAUUAAAAUGCAUAUCCUGCUUAUGGUUCCCUUGUAACAGAUCAUCCAAAAUAUUUUUACUAAGUGGUAAGGUUUCCAUUUACUAUUUUCUUAGGUACCGGAUGGCACAGGUAUUAUUCAGCAAUGCAAAGCAGUUCCCGGGAUUUAAUUAUUACAUUGUACGUUAUUAGGGUGAUCAAGUACAUAUUCGCAGCAUUGCAAUUUCUUCUGGUGCUUUUUUUGUUUGUUUUGUUUGUUUUUAGCUGCACGUUUUCUGUUGGGAGUAGUUUCGGGAAGAUAUAAAUUUUAAUAUCCUUCAAUCUGUUAUUUUCUGUACGUUUCUAGUUAAUGCAUCGCUUAUUGGAGACCUCUCUAACACCAACAAAGCAUUGGAUUUUAUGACGACAUGACUGGGGCUCUGUUCUUAUGAGCAAAUAAUGUGAAUCCAAAUCGUAAUCUUAUUUUAUUUUAUAUUUGGGGAUCAGACCUUAUAAUUCCAAGAAUUAAAAGAAGAACAAAAAGCAUCUUUGAUCGUGACUUAUUUGAAAGGCGUUUUUUAAAGCCAGCUAAAACACCUGCUUGGAAAAGGACUGAAAUGCGUUCAAACUGAAGCCUGUUUAGAAUCUGAUAUGGAAAUCUGAAGCCUGUUUAUAAAUUAGGCUUCUACAAGUGCUUCUUGAAUUGAGUCAGUAGGGUCGAUGUCUUCAUUUUGACACCACCUUUGCUUAUAGAUGGAAUUUAUUUUCAUGGUGAAAAUCACGACUGAUUUUCAAGGAAACUCACAGAAGAGAGCACAAAGCAGUAGUGAAGCUGAACAGUGAUUUUUCAGUUGCCAGAGAGCCCGCAAAAUAGUUGCUGUUUUUAAUUUGGAUUCUUAGGAGAGUUUACUCGACAGUACCUGGGGGAACAGAACCUUCCCAUGUAUGAUUAUUUUUUAAAAGAAGUGGUACUUUUAAAACUCGAAUCUUACGUUGAUGUUGAAAAUAAACUUUUUUUUUUUUCAACUCAACAUAAUACAGCUUCUCUUAGCCUAGACAGUAUCGCUGCUGGAUUCAUUGUCACGUGCUAGUAGGUGACUGGUUCCUUGAGCUGGAUGCCCUCAAAAAGAACACACGAUCUAAGUAAGCAUCAUCUGCCACAGGAGUGAGCUAUUCCUGGCUGCUAUGUUCUGAAACUUCUCUUACAUAUUUAAGUGGGGUUUGCAAAGUUGGAUAGCUUCUCAUGAAAAUAGCUGCCGAUUCCCCUAUUCCUUCUGUGAAAUUUUCCUGUAGUAUAUCGGAUUAGGGUUAGCAGUCCUACCGGCCCUUAAAAUAUAUUUAAAUAUGGCCCAAAUUUGCAGUUUCAAAGUAAUGCCGUUUCAGUUGAAAUUAAUUUCCAAUGACGGAGCUACUCAUCCUCGAUGCUGCCUGAAGUUUCUUUCGUAAAACCUCUCGAAGGGUAUGUUUUCAGAGUCGUAAAUGUAGCCACACUCGUCAUCUUACUGAGUUUGGUCCUUUUUUCCUUAGACCCACCACGUCCUGUCUUCAAGAGUUCGCCAGCCUGCCUGCUCAUGUGCUUUCUCAUCUUCUUUAUUCUUUGCUUAUCUGGCAGAGGUGUAGGGUAAAAUAUAUUUUUUGUCUAUGUAUUUUAUGGGAUAUUAUAAUAUAGAAAGCCCUGCCCACUCUCAUUUGUUCUGAUCAGUAGUUUCAUUUUUUUCUGUUUUGUGUACUUGAUCAAAAUACACCCAAGAAAGGAAUAAUCCUUCCUGGGCCCUGGGUGGUUACUUGGCUUAUGCAGUUUAUAUCGGGGGGGCCCCUUUGGAUAGAAUAGGUAUCAGAAAACGUUCGUUCUUUUCAUUCAGUGAAAACCCAUUUUUAUAUUGGGUUUUUAUUAUUAAAAAAAAUUUUUUUUACAUUUAUUUAUUUUUGAUAGAGACAGAGCACAAGUGGGGGAGGGGCGGGCUCCAGGCUCUGAGCUGUCAGCACAGAGCCUGACGGGGGACCCGAACCCACAAACUGCGAGAUCGUGACCCAAGCUGAAGUCGGACGCCUGACCGACUGAGCCACCCAGGCGCCCCUGUAUUGGGUUUUUAAAUGGGAAUAACUAACACUGAAGCCUGGAAAGACAAUAGAUCAUUUGAUUGGGAAUCAGUUUGUAAAUUUCCAUCACGACUGUCUUUGUUACUUUGGAUCCCAGGCUGACAACAAUCUGAACUUGAGCAAAGUGCCUACAAACCGACCCUCACGUCCAGAGAUGUAAGGAUUGUAUGCAGGCAUGGUACAGUUGGAAGGCUGAUGAACCUGCUGUCUGCUUCUUUUUCUUGGCAAAAAUAGGAUUCUAGUUCGAAUUGUGGGCUCAGUCAGCAGACUUGCCUGGGUUUGAAUCCCAGCUCCGCUCCUUUCUAGCUUCGAGAAAUUAAGCGAAAAGUAUCUCACAGGACUGUGAAGUUGGAGAUUAUCAAAUGUAGUGUUUGGCAUGGGGUCAAUUGUCAAUACUUGGUAGUUCUUCGGACUGUAGUAAGCAGACAGGCAUACUCACUUUCCGUUAAUUUCCUCAUCUCUUUUGUUGAUCUUUUAUGAUCAUUAACGCAUCCAAUGAAUGCUAGGUCAGAGGGUCCUAAAUAGCCAUGCAUACCUAGAAGACAGGAAUUGAUUUUGGUGCUUGUUUUGGUGCUUUGAUUUUGUACUGAUCAUGUUUUUCAGUACAGUGCUGGGAAAAUAGUAAAAGAACUGAUUUUAAUACCCGUACGGCAGCAUCUGUGACCCUGCAUCAUGAGCUAGAUGUUGAACUCCCAGUUUCACUAGGGGAAGUGUUUUUUUAAUAAAGAAUAUUUUCAAGUUGUUUCUGGACCCCUGUUUCUGGUUGCUGGUCACCAGAAUGUAAGAGGAUUUCCCCCCAAAGACCAUUUAUUUUCUGGUUUCUAACUUAUGGGGAAGAUGUAUUGUCAAAGUGGAUAGGUCAUUCGCCUAAAGGUAUUUUUUUCCUUAAGCAUAAUAGCAAACGUGGUCUGCUCGAUUAGAUUCAUAAUUGCAUUGUAAUCUCCCAAAUUUAUCCAAGUUUUAACAUCCAGUUAGCUGGUUAACCAGCCAGAGUAGAGCCUCACAGUACUGGACGGUGACGGGGGUAAUGAGAGGAUUUUGCUAGGAAAGAAUUUUAAUUGUAGAUGAAAUUCAGCAACCUUAGCAUGACAAAUGAGAGAUCAAAAGAGAACAGUGGUGAUGUUACUUGCUGUUCAGAAAAUUUGUUCUUCCCUCCCUCGGUGCUGUAUUAGCCUGUUUUUGUUUUUUGUUUUUUUUUUUAAUUGUGCAGCAGCGGCUUAGAUUUUUUUUCCUAUUAUUUUGAAUAUUGAGGCUUGAUCGGGGGGAUAAAUGGAAUGAUUGUUUUUAAUAUCAAAAAGUAUGGAAACCUAAAUAUUCAUGAACACUGUCCAUGAACUUCUUAAACAUUUUCCUAAUACUAUGAGAAUAUUUCAAGUAGGGGAAAUCUGCUUUCCGAUUUGCGUUUAGAGGUGAAAUUACAGCGUUUUGAGGCAAUUAAAAACAUUCUAAGGAUGGAGAUCCUUCUCACACGAAGAACUGAUACUUCUAAAGAUUGAGCAGUAUUUGUACGUCCUUGUCUUUUCAUUACUGAACACUGUGGGAAAAUGCUGUAACACGACCACAGAAGUGUGAGUUUUCUGUUUCUGUUUUGUUGCUCCAACGUGUUUUCUCUGUGACCUCGGAACGUGGGUGUUAGUUGUUUGAAUAUAGUCCGCGCCAUCUAACUAAUCACAGAAUCGUCACUAACGAUUCUAUUUCUCUCUUUCAUUUUGCCAUUUUUUCACCAUCCAAUGGACUCAAUCCCUAGCGUUGGUCAAACCGGAAGCGGCUGAGUGCCAGCAAGUCCUCUUUGAUACGCAACUUGCGACUCUCAGAGUCCUUGAAAAAGAACCAACUCUGGAAUGGGAUUAUAAGCAUAACCUUGUUGGAAGGGAAGAAUGUAUCAGGAGGAAGCAUGACAGAUAUGUUUGUCCAGUUAAAACUGGGAGACCAGAGGUAUAAAAGUAAGGAUGGGCAUUUUGGACAUUGAAGUGUGGGGAAAGGACAGCAGAAAGCACGAGGAACGUCUGGGCACGUGCAAAGUGGAUAUCGCAGCGCUGCCUCUGAAGCAAGCCAACUGCUUGGAGCUGCCCCUGGAGAGCUGCCUGGGGGCCCUCCUGAUGCUGAUCACGCUCACUCCCUGUGCUGGCGUCUCCGUCUCUGAUCUGUGCGUGUGCCCCUUAGCAGACCCCGGCGAGAGAAAGCAGAUUGCCCAGCGAUAUUGCUUACAGAAUUCCCUGAAAGAUAUGAAGGACGUCGGCAUUUUACAAGUGAAGGUCUUAAAGGCAGUAGAUCUCUUAGCAGCGGAUUUCUCAGGGAAGAGCGAUCCUUUUUGCUUGUUGGAGUUAGGCAAUGACCGACUUCAGACACACACCAUUUACAAAAACCUCAACCCUGAGUGGAACAAAGUUUUUACAUUUCCUAUUAAAGAUAUCCACGAUGUUUUGGAAGUGACAGUGUUUGACGAAGAUGGAGAUAAACCUCCUGAUUUUCUUGGAAAAGUUGCCAUUCCCUUGCUGUCUAUUCGAGAUGGACGACCAAAUUGCUACAUAUUGAAGAAUAAAGAUUUAGAACAAGCCUUUAAAGGAGCUAUUUACUUGGAGAUGGACCUCAUAUAUAAUCCGGUCAAGGCGAGUAUUAGGACCUUUACUCCCAGAGAAAAGCGCUUUGUUGAAGAUAGCCGCAAGCUGUCCAAGAAGAUCUUAUCAAGAGAUGUAGACCGUGUGAAAAGAAUCACCAUGGCAAUGUGGAAUACAAUACAGUUCCUUAAAAGCUGCUUCCAGUGGGAAUCCACGUUAAGAAGUGCAGUAGCGUUUGUGGUAUUUUUGGUCGCCGUCUGGAAUUUUGAACUGUACAUGAUCCCCCUGGCCUUAUUACUCCUCUUCAUCUACAAUUUCAUCAUUCUCACAAAAGGGAAGACGGGCAGCAUCCAGGACAGCCAGGACAGCACAGACGUAGACGAAGAGGAGUAUGACGAUGACAAGGAAUCCGAGAAAAAGGGGUUAAUUGAAAGAAUCUAUAUGGUACAGGAUAUUGUUUCAACUGUUCAAAACAUCUUGGAGGAAAUAGCUUCUUUUGGAGAAAGAAUUAAAAACACGUUUAACUGGACGGUCCCAUUCCUUUCCUUCCUGGCCUGCCUGAUCCUGGCAGUGGCCACCGUCACUUUGUAUUUUAUUCCACUCCGGUACAUCGUUUUAAUCUGGGGCAUAAAUAAAUUUACUAAGAAGCUUCGAAAUCCCUAUGCCAUCGACAAUAAUGAGCUGUUAGACUUCCUCUCCAGGGUACCGUCUGAUGUUCAAAAGGUGCAGUACGCCGAACUGAGACCCUGCAGCAGCCACAGCCCUCUUCGGAAGAAGCGCAGUGCCGUCUAGGACACGCGCCAACUCUGGCCACCGGCACCCGAUUCCCUGUGGGGUCGAUGAGACCCGUGAUGUCUCUGUUCCACCGGUGGUCCCCACGGUGUCUUUCCAAAACACGUGCUGUGUGGAGCCCUCCCCCUCUUCUCCCCGCUUCUCCACGGGCACCGAUUGCACACGUGUGCGCACGUCCACGCACACGGGUGUGCCGGUUGCGUAGCAGGUCGGCCCCUCGCAAGGAAACAAGCCAGAGACCGUGAAAGACUGAGGUCCCUUCUCCCGUAGAAGGUAACGUAAGGCUGUCAGGGGUCUCAACAGCCUCCUUGAAAACAGCCGGGAGUCCACCUGGAUUCAAGAGGGACUUUGAACUUGUUAUGGUACCUCCACCAGAUUCUCCUGAAGAUCCGGUCAUGUCCACUCCCGUCUGCACACUGCUUUCAGAUUGUUGUUCACGUGAGGCAGUCGGUUUCUCCGAGUUAGCAAAUCCCUGGUAGCCAUCGUCUCCCCACAUAAUGUAUAUCAUGCAUAGAUUUUUAAAUAAUGACCCAGAUCAGCUCAAGUCUUUGGGAGUCUUUCAGCCGUGAUUACUGAAGACCCGUAUGGAAAAUUGUGGUCAACACCUCGGCGCUGGAUGACAGCCUCUUUCACCGUCCAUUGCUGGCGAUGGAAGGCCCCGGAAAGUCCAAAGGGACCACUCGUCCAAAAAGCGAAGGUUUCAGUGAGAGUAUUUGGUUGCCUUAAAAACGCCAUUUCUUCUGACUUGACUUUGCUUUAUUUCCAAAAUAAAAUGUCAAUAUUAUAGCUGCAGGACGUGGGGGAUGAAUGAAUGAAUUCUGAAAGUAUUUAGAAAGAAAGGUAAAGGCUGGGGAGCAAGGGACUAAUGAAUGAAGGUGGACCGCUCACCUGAUUGUCCUAAUCCCUUCAUUCGCCCGCAUUUGGGGGCAGAAAGUAAAAAUAAGGCAGCAGUCCAAAAUGAUCUUUCGUUCCUGAGCAAAAUAAUCUGCAUGUAAUACAUCUAUAUCUCAGAACCGCGUUCCUAGAAAAGCAUCAUCCCCAAAUCCUGAAUAGUAUCUGAUGCCUACAGCCCCCAUUUCAUAGUACCCCCCAGGUAAAAACCCCGAUUUUGUGCAUAUAUAAAAUGUAUGCCAAUAUCUUUAUGUUCAAAUGAUAUUUAAGUUGUAAAGACCGUAUUUUGUUGACACAUACUUUAUGCAGUUUUAUAUAUAUAUAUUAUAUAUAUAUAUGUAUUGUAAAGAAAAGUCGAGGUAAAAAAAAACAGAUUUAAUAGUGAGUUUUGCUAUUUUUUUUUCCUCUCUGGGUUGUAAUUUAAUAAUCUUCAAACAAAAUGUUUAUGAAAAAUGCCAAAGAUUCUAAACCUUA